UGUUGCCCUGUGCGGCUGUGUCAUAACAUAACAUCCAGCCGCUGGUGUCGAGUAGUCUACUCAUCCUAGCUUCGAGUGUAUACACCACAAGCUAGCAGUAACAGACACAAUAAUGGAUUUCAACGUGAAGAAAUUUGCGAGCGAUGCAGGAUUGUUUUUCACGCGAGCUGUCCAGUUCACGGAGGAGAAGUUGGGCCAGGCGGAGAAGACUGAGUUGGACGCUCACUUCGAGAACCUGAUGAGCCGUGCAGACUGCACCAAACACUGGACUGAGAAAAUAUAUAGACAGACUGAGGUCCUGCUGCAGCCCAACCCAAGUGCCAGAAUUGAGGAGUUUCUCUAUGAAAAGUUGGACAGGAAGGCACCAUGCAGAAUUACAAAUGGAGAGAUGCUGGGUCAAUAUAUGCAGGAUGCGGCAAAGGAAUUUGGCCCUGGAACUCCUUAUGGGAGUACCUUGAUGGAGGUUGGGGAUUGUGAGAGAAGAUUAGGAGCAGCAGAGCGGGAGUUCUUCCAGACGUCAGCCAUCAGCUUUCUUACCCCCCUCAGGAACUUUCUGGAAGGAGACUGGAGAACCAUUUCAAAAGAACGGCGUCUUCUGGAGAAUCUUCGCCUGGACCUGGAUGCCUGUAAAACACGUGUGAAGAAGGCCAAGGUGGCUGAGACUAAGGCUGCGUGCGAUGGUGAAAUGGCUCCAGAUUUUCAGGAGACCAGACCCCGCAACUAUGUGCUUUCUGCCAGUGCCUCUGCGCUCUGGAGUGAGGAAGUGGAAAAAGCUGAACACGAGCUCCGAGUGGCCCAAACAGAGUUUGACCGCCAAGCAGAGGUUACACGGCUGCUUUUGGAGGGCAUCAGUAGUACGCAUGUGAACCACUUGCGCUGCCUGCAUGAGUUUGUGGAGGCCCAAGCAGCUUACUAUAAGCAGUGUCAUUUCCACAUGCAAGAACUCCAGAAAGAGCUGGCCAGGCUUCCCAAUGCAUUUGCGCUGAACUCCACUCACUCCAUAGCUACUGCGGGCUCUGCAUCAGAGGGCAUCAGCAGCCCUGUGGAGACAGACACACUGAAGAUUGAGGAAGUUCAGGCACCAGCGACAGGAACCCGCAAGGCCAAAGUCCUUUAUGAUUACGAUGCUGCUGACUCCAGUGAGCUCUCCCUUUUAGCUGAUGAGCUCAUUACAGUUUACACAGUGCCGGGAAUGGACUCUGACUGGCUGAUUGGAGAGAGAGGAAACCAGAAAGGAAAAGUGCCUGUCACAUACCUGGAGCUUCUCAGCUAAAGAACACACAUGCAUUGACACACACACACACACUUACACACACACACACACACACACACGUGCAUGUGCAUGUGUGAGUACUACUGAAGCCAUGAGGAUAUUUCAUUCACUUCAUUAAAUUUCACUCUUACACUAACCUGUAACCUUCAAUAGCACUCCUCCACAGUAAGCAUUAGCAAAGUUAAACACACACACACACUCAUUCAUGUGCCUCUCAGAACACACUGAAAUAUAAUCACAUGACACUGACCGCAGUAAUAAUGGAGACAUUGUUACAAUGUGUGCAGGAAAAAUCCCUGUGGGGAAUAGUUAACAUUCCUUUUAGGUAUGUUCUGGUGGAUUAUUAUUAUUAUUAUGAUGAUGAUGAUGUUUUCUUAUUUAUUACAUAUUUAUUGUUGUACAUCCCAAUGGUUCAGGUAGACCUUUCUCACUGUCUUCAGAUGGAUUUCCAUUGAAAUAAUGUUGAUUUGUUUAAAAAGAAAAGUGUCUUUAUUGUCUCUUGAAGCUGUCCAUGGAGUUUGUCUUCAGAAGGCAGCGGUACGGAUGAAACUGGCGUGCAAUAACCACGCUUCCUUGAUUCUCAAGGGGUGAUGACAAUUCUUCUCCUUCAGUUAUGUCAGUUAAGUACAGUUUAUAUGUUUGUAUGACAGAUACUCCUCAUUGAAGAAGUGAAAACAGACACGGAAAAACGGAUCAUUACGACCACAUCUUGACAGAUAUGUCAUUAUGUUCUGUUGCUGUUGCAUAACUAAAUAUUUGUUACAGAAA